UCAGUACUAGUACUGCCAACUUAAUCGCCUUAAAAAGUUAAUAUUUGACAACGGAUCUAUGAGUUAAGCAUUUUUUACGUUUUUCAGUUCGAUAAAAGCGAAAUAAUCAAAGUGUUUUUUACUGAUAUUGCAACCGUUUCAAAUAAUCUUGUAAAUUAAUUUACAACAGCCGAUUAUAUUCUUAAGGGAGAGUGAAUCAUACAAAUAUGGCCACCCCGUCAGCCGGUGUGGUUGUUCCAAGAAACUUUCGAUUAUUAGAAGAAUUGGAAGCCGGUCAGAAAGGUGUUUCUGACGGUACUAUAAGUUGGGGCUUAGAAAAUGAUGAUGAUAUGACCCUCACUCAUUGGAUGGGCAUGAUUAUUGGACCCCCUCGUAGUCCUUAUGAAAAUAGAAUGUAUUCUGUCAAGAUUGAGUGUGGUUCAAGAUAUCCUGAUGAGGCUCCUUUGGCCAAAUUUAUUUCUAGAAUUAAUAUGAACUGUAUCAAUAGUAAUUCAGGGGUGGUCGACAACAGACAAGUCCCUGUAUUGGCCCGAUGGCAGAGAGAAUACACUAUCAAAACCGUUUUGCAAGAGCUGCGGCGUCUGAUGACGCUUAAGGAAAAUAUGAAACUGGCGCAGCCCCCGGAGGGCAGUUGCUUCUAGCCCGGCGUAACUCUAGGAGAUGGGGGUCAGGGACGUAGAGCACCCGCUACCCAGCAGAGUGUCCCUCGCCCUGUAGACUUGAACGUGGAGGACUACACAUGUGGAGUAUUGUGAACGAGAAAAAAAUCAUAAUAAUAUUAAUAGUUUUGAAAUGGUUUAGAGAGAUUUUUUCAGAGAGAAUGAAAGAAUCGUUUGUUUAGUUAAAUUGCAUAACAUAAUUAUAAAUACAGUUAAUAAUUUAUGUAUAUGUGUAUAGGGUAAACAGUAAGCAAAAUUGUGUGGAUUGUGUUUUUAAAAUUAGGUGUUAAUAUGAUGUUUUCAAAUUACUUUCAAUUAAACAUUCUCUUAGAAAAAUAAAUCUUUAUCAUUUCUGUAUAACUCCAUGGUCUCUUUGGGUUUCGGGACUGUGUAAUAGUUAAGUUUAAAAUUUAUUAGAUUCUGUUGGCUAGGUUAAUUUUUUUAAAUUAAAGAGAGAAUUAAUUUUUAAACAAAAUUUUAAGUAUUAAGCUUAGUAAAGGUAGUAGAAAUAUAUGUUUCGGGACACAAAGAGAUGAAAUAAUUGUGUUUUUUUUUAUAAUAUACUAUAUAUAUACAUAUAUCCAUGGAUAUGCGAGGCACUCUUAUUAAGAAAAAUGUACAGCUUUAUAUUGGAGGAAUCAAGCAUUUUUCUUUAAAAUAAUAAUCCGUAUAUUGUAUAUUUUUAAUUGAACAAAUUUUGCUUCACAGCUCUGCUGACCGUGUUUUAUAAAAUAUGUGACUUGAAAAUAUUUCCUGUACCAAAAAAAAAUCAAGGAAAAACCCAUUUUUAUUUUUACUCCGACUAUAUAUUAAUACCUAAAUAAUUUAAAUGAAUUAUAAGAAGUUUCUUUUAUACAUGUAUCUAGUUUUACCGGCAGUUCACUCAUUUGUAAUUUCUAAUAAAAAUGUUCACUGGUGUUAUUCAAUAAACGUAAAAGUACUA